UCCCCCUGGGAGCCGCCAUUUUCCGGAGCGCCCCAGCGCGCUCUUAAAGGGGCCGCGCCCCGGUGCUGAGGGGCAGCGGGUUCUGGGUCCGCUCCUGAUUCCCGAUCCUUGUUCCCGGUCCCCGGUUUAGAAGAACCGGUGGCUGAGGCUCUUCUGAUCACCACAGCCGUGGGCGGGGCGUACCGGGGCGGGACUGCACCGGGCCGGUGCGUGUGUGGGCCGAGGCCUCCUUCUAGGGCCGCCCUAACACCAUCGGCUAUCCUCGGCGUGUUUUUAAUUCUCUGUAAUCACGAAUAUAUUCCCUUUUUCCACAAUUCAGUGCUGCGGUGAGUUUUAGAGGUGUGAUAUUUGCUGGUUCUGGUCGGCUGAGGGUAACUCGGGACCUGACUCUCCACAGCUGAGGCUUAACAGGUUGAAUCGCUCCGUGGGGAUACCAGGAAGUGAGGGAGAAUUCCUGGAUCUUCUCCAGCUCCAGGAAAGCAGAGUUUCCUGUGGAGCCCUCAGCGAUGGCAGCCGAGGACAGGGAUUACAACCUGACUGAGGAGCAGAAAGCUGUGAAAGCCAAGUACCCCCCUCUCUGCAAAAAAUAUGAAUAUUUGGAUCACACAGCAGACGUGCAGCUCCAUGCCUGGGGAGACACGUUGGAAGAAGCCUUUGAGCAGUGUGCCAUGGCCAUGUUUGGCUACAUGACAGACAUAAGCACCGUGGAACCCGUGGGUACAGUGGAGGUAGAGGCAGAAGGGCAUGACCUGUUGUCUCUUCUCUUUCACUUCCUGGAUGAGUGGCUGUAUAAAUUCAGUGCUGAUGAGUUUUUUAUACCCAGGGAAGUGAAAGUGCUUCACAUUGACCGAAUGCAGUUCAAAAUAAGAUCAAUUGGGUGGGGAGAAGAGUUCUCUUUAGACAAACACCCACAGGGCACAGAAGUCAAAGCCAUAACUUACUCAGCAAUGCAGAUCUGUGAAGAUGAAAAGCCAGAAGUCUUUGUCAUUAUUGAUAUUUAAAGCAAGAGUGUGGUUGAGUGGAUAUUGGUCAUCAUCUGGCAAAAACCCCCUAAAACUGUAAUGCCUGUGGAAAAAACGAAGGAAUUGGCCAGUUAAAAUCAGAAAUUGAACAGAGUAAUUGCAGGGAAUGUCAGACUGUUUUCACUGAGACAGAGAAUAAGAAGAAUUAAUUGGGGUUUUGGGGGAUAUGGAGAAGGUGAUGUUUGUACAGUUGGAAAUCUCCCAGGAAUGCUGGCAGUCAGCUUCUAAGGCUGGUAUGUGCUAGGAGCUGUAUGAAAUACAGAAAUUGGUGGAGCUGAUAACUAAAAUACUCCAUUUUUGCAGCGUGGCAGGAGAUAAUGUUCAUCUAGAUUGAUUUCAUUUGCAUAUUUCAUGUUCUAGUUCUGAUGAUGAUGAGCUGAUGUUCCUCCUCCGUAUUACAUAAAUCCAAAAUAGCUGCAGUGGCUCAGAUGUAAUGUGAGUAAAAAAAUCUGAGUGUUUAAAUUUAGACACCUAAAAAAUGAUGCCAAUUAAACCAAGAAACCACCACAUCUUUUAAACUACUUAAAAAAGAAGUCAUGCCACCAGGUGGUGCUGAAUUGCUGUAAAUAAAUUGCCACAUGAAAUCUUAAAGCAUGUGACUGUACCUGGAAUCCUCUUAUCACUUAUGAUAACUAUGAUAAGUUGGCAGUUUUGCUGCUGUGGUAGAAGGGAAUGGAAUGGGAUGUCCCAGGUUCUCCCUGGGUUCACUCCCAACUGUAUCUUGUGAUAAUUGUGAUAAUCUUUUUUUAAAAGGCAUGGUUUGGAUCAGCCUAAUUGUUUUUUUAAAAAGAACAAUACAGACAAUCCUUAAACGUCAGAGGAUUAUGGACUUGAUUGAAUCAAAAUUAAUAAAAAAUAAUCAAAAGUGUGUUUUUUUAAAAAAAGCACAGGAUGACAAAUGUGCAUUACCUGCUGUUUUAAUUUAAUUUAAACAUGAGGAGCAUAGGCCUGGCCUGUUCUGUUACCAUAAAUGCCCCAAGUGCCUCACUGUGUCUCAUUUUAUAAAGUCAUCUUAAAUGGUUUUAUUUCCAUGUUGUAAAGACUGAGGGAUAAAACCCUUCUUAUUUUUUAAGCAAGCCUCAAUGCCAAAAUAAAACUUGGACUGAAACAA